GUUAGUCUAACCUGGGUGCAAAGCAUAAAUAUCCAACCCUUUUUCGUGCCGCUCCUGUUCCCUCCAAAACCAUGAGAUUUCUAAACCGGAAAUUCUCUCGAUCUCCUUCUCCGUUACUCCCAAACAAAAUCUUUAAAUCUCCUUACUCUUCUACUCAAGCCCAGCCCCAUAAGUCUUUUAGUCAAAAAUCUUUCUUCAAAGUAAACUCAAAAGAUAGCCUUAUAAAUUCCUUAUGCAAGGAUGGGAGAUUCAAAGAAGCCAUUGAUGUUUUGUGCCAACAAAAACGCUUAAAAGAAGCAAUACAGGUGCUCAAUCAAAUAGAUAGACCUUCGGCUCCUAUUUACUCGACUCUUAUACAGUCUUGCCUCCAUAACCGGGCUCUUGAAGAAGGGAAAAAGGUUCAUCAGCACAUUAAAAUAUCUGGGUUUAUGCCUGGUCUAGUUAUAUCUAAUCGACUGCUUGAUAUGUACGCAAAAAAUGGUGGUUUGUCGAAUGCCCAGAAGCUGUUCGAUGAAAUGAAUGAAAGGGACUUGUGCUCAUGGAAUGUUUUGAUUUCUGGUUAUGCCAAAAUGGGGUUACUCGAGGAAGCAAGAAAACUGUUUGAUAAAAUGCCUGAGAGGGACAAUUUUUCUUGGACUGCAAUGAUUUCUGGUUAUGUGCGCCAUGAUAAGCCAAAUAAGGCUUUGGAAUUGUAUAGAAUGAUGAAUACGUGUGAGAAUUCAAGAUCAAAUAAGUUUACAGUUUCGAGUGCUCUUGCCGCGGCAGCUGCGACUCCGUGUUUGAGAAUUGGGAGAGAGAUUCAUGGUUAUAUAAUGAGAACUGGGUUGGAUUCAGAUGAGGUGGUUUGGAGUGCUUUGUCUGAUAUGUACGGUAAAUGUGGUAGCAUAGAAGAAGCAAGGUACAUUUUUGAUAAGAUGGUGAACAGGGAUAUUGUUACUUGGACAGCAAUGAUUGAUAGGUACUUUGAGGAUGGUAGGAAAGAAGAAGGGUUUGAUUUGUUUGCUGAGUUGUUGAGGUCAGGGAUGAGGCCUAAUGAUUUUACAUUUGCUGGGGUUUUAAAUGCGUGUGCCGAUGUCAGUGUAGAGGAGAUUGGUAAGCAAGUUCAUGGGCACAUGAUUAGAAUUUGCUUUGACCCAUUCUCUUUUGGAGCAAGUGCACUUGUUCACAUGUAUUCUAAGUGUGGGAAUAUGGUAAAUGCAGAAAGGGUUUUCAAAGGGACGCCCCAGCCAGAUUUGGUUUCAUGGACUUCCUUGAUUACUGGGUAUGCUCAGAAUGGUCAUCCUGGUGAGGCCCUUUUGUACUUUGAGUUGCUACUAAAAUCAGGGACGCAGCCUGAUCACAUAACUUUUGUUGGUGUUCUUUCCGCCUGUGUUCAUGCUGGAUUAGUUGACAAGGGGCUUCAAUAUUUUCACUUAAUAAAUGAGAAGUAUGGAUUGACCCAUACUGCUGAUCAUUAUGCUUGUAUAAUUGAUUUAUUGGCUCGAUCUGGUCGAUUUGAAGAAGCUGAAAAUAUUAUUAAUAAAAUGCCCAUGCAGCCUGAUAAGUUUCUUUGGGCUUCCUUGUUGGGUGGUUGUAGAAUCCACGGAAAUCUUAAACUGGCAAAAAGGGCAGCAGAAGCAUUAUUUGAAAUAGAACCCGAGAAUCCUGCCACUUAUGUUACAAUGGCUAAUAUCUACGCCACUGCUGGUAUGUGGAGUGAAGUAGCAAAGAUCAGAAAAACUAUGGAUGAACGCGGUGUGGUAAAGAAACCGGGUUUGAGUUGGAUUGAGAUUAAGAGAGAGGUACAUGUUUUCUUAGUGGGAGAUACUUCCCAUCCAAGAUCCAAAGAUAUACACGAAUUUCUAGGGAAGCUUUCUAAAAAGAUGAAAGAAGAAGGGUUUGUUCCUGACACGAAUUUUGUGCUGCAUGAUGUGGAGGAGGAACAGAAGGAGGAAAAUCUUUCUUACCACAGUGAGAAGCUUGCAGUAGCUUUUGGAAUUAUUGCUACUUCACAAGGAACACCUAUAAAAGUAUUUAAGAAUUUAAGAACUUGUGUAGACUGCCACACUGCAAUUAAGUUUAUCUCAAAGAUCACUAAUAGAAAAAUAAUUGUCCGGGAUUCAAAUAGAUUCCAUUGUUUCGAGGAUGGAAAUUGUUCUUGUGGGGACUUUUGGUGAUUCAGACGCGAAGAAAUUUAUUAAGGGUUGUGUGGGGAGCCAUAGAAGAUCAUGGGAAGCAAAUCUUUUGGCUUUCAGCCAUUUUCUGCAGAACCUUCUUUAACCUUGCACUGAACUAAAUCGGUGGAUAAGGUAGAGAACCAAAGGGGUCAUUUAACAUGACUUGUGUGUUGAUUUUGCAUGGGUGCGUCCACUAGAUGCAGGAGAAUGCGGUGCUUUUUGAGUUUGUUACUGAUUAACAAGACUAGCUGUGCAAAAAUGUCUGAAAGAGAAGUCCAAGCCUUCGAAGAUGAAAAUGCUUCUUUUCCCUCAGAGAUACUAAAGGUUUAGUUCCAAAAAAACAGAAGCUUGGAGGAAAAUCUCCUUGCUUUUUGAUAAAAAAAUUAUUACUUACCAACUUGGAUUGGAUUCUGUAAAGGGCUUGUGAUUGACUAAUAAUGUACCGUGAUAUCCUGUCAGAUUCUCUGAAAUGGAUUGUGAACAAUUGUGGAAGAGUUUUGAUAGGAUGCUGUCUUGACCGUAUUGUAUACCGAAGUCUUUUACAAGUUAUAAGACGAAAUUUAAUGUCUGUUUGUGCAGAUACA